UCCUCCUCCUCCUGCUCCUCCUCGCGCUAUAGCGGAGCAGCGGGCAGGCCAACUCGCAGAGUGCAGCUCAGCCUCGACAGCGCAGCUUCACAGGGCGUCUCGCAGAGCGCCGCGCUCCCAUGUGCGCUGCCGUGCCCGCUGGAUGUUGAAAUCGCGCCGUGCGCCUCGCCAGGAGUCACCAUGUCCAACCCGACCCACGACCCGUUCUACUCGUCUCCGUUCGGACCCUUCUACAGGAGACACUCGCCCUACAUGGUCCAGCCCGAGUACCGGAUCUAUGAGAUGAACAAGCGGCUGCAGGCGCGCACUGAGGAGAGUGACAGUUUAUGGUGGGAUGCCUUUGCCACAGAGUUUUUUGAAGAGGAUGCCACACUCACACUCUCCUUCUGUCUCGAAGAUGGACCAAAGAGAUACACAAUUGGACGGACAUUGAUCCCCCGUUAUUUCAGCACAGUGUUUGAAGGAGGCGUUUCCGAGCUCCACUACAUCCUCAAACACUCCAAGGAGUCCUUCCAUAACUCCUGCAUCACCCUGGACUGUGAUCAGUGCACCAUGGUCACCCAGCACGGGAAGCCAAUGUUUACAAAGGUUUGUACGGAGGGUCGUUUGAUCCUGGAGUUUUCCUUUGAUGAUCUGAUGAGGAUCAAGACAUGGCACUUUACCAUCCGGCAGUACCGAGAGCUCAUCCCCCGCAGCAUCUUGGCCAUGCACGCACAGGACCCUCAGGUGCUGGAACAACUGUCCAAAAAUAUCACUCGUAUGGGCUUGACCAACUUUACCCUCAACUACCUCAGGUUGUGUGUCAUCCUGGAGCCCAUGCAGGAGCUCAUGUCCAGGCACAAGACCUACAACCUCAGUCCCCGGGACUGUCUCAAGACAUGCCUAUUCCAAAAAUGGCAGCGAAUGGUGGCUCCGCCAGCUGGACAUCCACAGAACUUCAAAACGGAAAUAUUUCCUACAAAUCACAAAAAAGCUGGUCGCGCCAAAGCUGAGCCUGCCCGACAGACAACCACCAAGAGGAGGAAACGGAAGAACUCAGCCAGCAGCGCCAACAGCAGCGUGGGAACCACCACCGGCAAGAAACGCAGCCCCGCCACCACCUUCAGCCUCUCCAGUCAGGUACCUGACGUGAUGGUGGUGGGCGAGCCCACCCUGAUGGGCGGCGAGUUCGGCGACGAGGAUGAGCGUCUGAUCACUCGUCUGGAGAACACGCAGUACGACGCCACCAACGGCCUGGACGAUGAGGACGACUUCAACAGCUCCCCGGCUCUGGGUAACAACACCCCGUGGGGCACCAAACCCCCCACGGCCCAGGACAGCAAGCCAGAGAGCACAGCGCCCCAAGCCUCGCAGUAAAACAAAAAGCAGCAAACCAACCCAUCCUCGACUCCACGUGGACUGGACUUUUUAUCCCCCCAUCCCCAUCCCCUGAGGUGCUUCUACGCCUCGUACCGUCAUCCUGAAUCAGACUCCAGCGAUCACAUGCCACAAAAAAAACAAAAGGUCCAACCUGGAUAUUGUCUUCUUUAAAUCACUGAAACAUCUACGAGAAGUGGCAGCGCCGCGCAGCAAUAUCCACAUGGCAAAGACAAGAAGCGCUGCGCGUAUGCAGCAGCACUAAUGUAAAAAUAGUCAGCGGUUUGUCAAGAAUGCGGGGGGCUGGUGGCUGCAGAUCUUCUUCUCGUCCUUGGAUGCACAGGCCUCUGGUCUGGAGGAAUACCACAGCUGUGAUUGUUUGACCUGCAGGUCGCAAGUCUUCGCUCUGACAGUAGAGAGUGCGGCAAAACGAGGAAGGCAACAAACAAAAACGUGAAGAACAAAUGCGAGGCUGCUUUUUCUUUUUUUUUCUUUUUUUUUUAACAGCCGACUGAAAUUGUCAAACCACAUUUGAGACAAAUGGAACGUUGUUUUGGGGCAAUUGCAUUUUUAUUGGAAAUUCCGUUGGCUGUUGGUUUGUUUCUGCUGUUGCUGUUGAUUUCCAUUUCCAAUUAAGAGGGAAUAAAAGUUCCCUACCAUUGCAGACUCCUUCCAAUUGAGGGGAAAUCGUGUUUCUCUACAUUACACAGAUUGUGAUUUCAUGCAAACCCAGUUUGUGUUGGUAACCUAUCUGUAUUUUUGCUUCUCUCAGACUCCUUUGCAACUACACUGUAAUUUUUUGCCGAUCAUUAUGUGAACUUUGCAGAGACAUACGCUGACACAUUAAUGUUGAUUUUUUUUUUAUUUUAUUUGUUGUUUUUGUUUAUUUUUCCCCACUCCUCGAAAUUGGAUUUCCCUUUAACGACCUAAUCCCAAACUGAUACGGAAGCCUUUUCCUGCAUGAUUUUAUAGGAUUUUAUUUGGUUUGAUAUUUGUACUUUUUUUUUUCAAAAACCAAAAUUACAAAAAAAAAAAAAAAAAAAAAUCCAUAUUGGUCUUUUGGGUUCAUCAGUUUGGGAACACUGUUACAACAUUUGUAGCUCUGUAAAUAUAGGUGGAAUCUGUUUUUGUCCACUGUAAAUCAGCCACUGAAACCAGUUUGGAUACGGCAGCUGUUUUUGUUUUAGUGCCGGAGGUUCAGAUUUCUGUUGGGUGGUUUGGAUGGUUUUCCUCGGUCAAAGCCAAAUUUCUCUGUUGUUCCCCAUCCUUAAUAGCUAGUACAGAACCAAAGCCACAAAGUUGCAAACAGCCAUGCAGUUCAUGUAAAUUCUACAUUUAGGAUGGAUAAAAAACAAACAAACAAACAAAAAUGGCACAGAUAAAAUCCCAUCCACCCUACAGAAAACACUCAUCAUCCCUCUAUUUGUGUUCCGUGACCUUUAAACUAUACCUGAUCUCUUUCUGUUGGGCUUUUUUAUUUCAAAAUGUGCAAGAAGAUGACGGACAGUCUUUAUACAAUAGGGUAUUUAUUUGUGCAUUUGGAAGGGAGCUAACACAUUUCUAAAUAUGUUUGAUCUUAGUAUUAUUAGAGACCAUUUGUACAUUAUAUAGCAGAGGUGUUCAGUGUCAUAUCUGAUGUCUGGUAUGUAUGCUUUACCAUUUAUGUGUGCCAAUAAACCGUGCUUACAAACAUG